AUGCGAGAAGUUGUUGACUUAUCUCCCAUGAAAAUGCUUUCAAUGAUAGCCGAUAUUUUGUUGCAAAAACCUGGUCCAGUUCUGGUUAUCCUCAAGCAACUUGUAUCCAUGUUUCCUGCCUUCAUAAUGGAAGAACCGUCUCUAGUUAAAAUAAUCGAAAUCCUAAUGUGUGCAAUCCGUAUGCCUUAUCAAGAUAUAGGUAACAUGAACAACGAAACGAAAGAUUCCGAAGAAAUAUCUGAAGAACCAGCUGUUUUAUCUCUGGAUAUCUUCAUUAAACUAGUUACAACUUUAUCCAGUUAUGGUUCAAAGUUUAAUGAUCUCCCUAAACUAUUACUCCAACUUUUUGAUCUACUUAGAGCUUUUCCAAUCACAUUAGCUCAUUCAGAAGCUCGCCUGUUUGCAUGGUGGCAUUUCAUUUGCUGCUUAAAUUCAGAUUUACUUAUUGAUGGUUUUAGAAAGUUUCUAUCUCCUUUCCUGGCAAACCUUUUGGGACGGUACUUGAGCAUUAGUACUCCUCAAGGAGAUCCUCAACUUCACCCAUACAAACUUAGUCAAGGAAAUGUAUAUGAAGGAAAUGUAAAAGCCUUUGAACUCGUUCAACAUGUAUAUAGCUGUUUUUUCAGUGAAUCUUCAGUUAAAUUUCAUCAGUUAAAUAUUCCUCGUUUAUUUGUCAAUAAUCAACUAUUGACUCAAAACAGUUAUCCACUUUUGGUCGGCCUCUUAUACUGGAUACGUAGUGUUUGUAAAUAUCGUUCCUCGUUGUCUCCGGAAAAGUUGAAAAUUCAUUCUCACUGUUUACCUUCUCAAAGUGUUGAUGUAAUUUGGUGUGGUUGUGUGAAUUAUUUACUUAGAAUAUCCAAAUCAAUUCAAGAGUCGCUAACAUAUAAGAAGGUUACUCCAUUUCAAUCCCCAUCCCUCUCUGUGCGUGCUUCGAAUUCGAACUCAACUAUUUUAACCGUUUGGCAACAUAUUGUAACUGUAACUUGUGAAUUAAUCCAACCACACCAUUUAAUUACAUCUUCUGAUCUGGACACUAUACAAUAUUGCCCGUCUCCAUCGGAAAGCUUGGUUCGUAAAAUGUUUUUUAAAAUGCAUUUUUCACAACUCUAA